AAAGAAAAAUGCAAAUACAAAAACCACAAAACUGUGGGAAGAAAGAAAAAGGGGUGAGAGUGGCAAAAAGAGAGAAAGAUAUCACUCUAGAGAAUAAACUGCGCCUGUUCUGAGAAAAAUUCAAGAAUCCCAUUUCAUAUUAGGGGGAAAAGAUAAGAUCUUUGGCUGUUUAUUGGAAUUGUCUUAGGAAAAUCAUUGAAUCUUUCAUCAAAAAACUCAUUUUUUUUUCAGUUUUGGGAGUUCUCUGCUGCAAAAGAAGAAGGGAGAAGAAGAAAGCUUAUAUCUUUGGUUUUUUGAAAGAAUCUGGUACAGUAUCUAAGCAUAGAUCUUGAGGUGUUACAGAUAGAACAAAAAGGUAUGGAUAAGUUACAGUGGGGAAACAGAAAAAGACUAAGGUGUUUCAAGGUGAAAGAUUCAACUUCAAAUGGGAAAUCUGAUGGUGGUAUUGUAGUGAAGAAGAAAAUCACAUCUCGAGUUGUUGAUAAUACCAAGGAAUCUACUCUUCUUCCUCCUAUUUCUUCUCCUCAUCGUCUUAACAGAGAUCUAGGUGUGAAUAGAUCCAACACAAAUGAGCAUCGUAAGACAUCGGUGUCAUCCCCCGAGAAGGAGGACCGAUAUUAUACGACGAGAGGGUCGGUAGGUGUGGAUGAUACUAGCAAGUUGUUCAUUGAUUCAAGGGAGGAAAAGAAAAAGAUGGUAUGGCCAAAAUUGCUUAUCACAUUGUCAAGUAAAGAAAAAGAAGAAGAUUUUAUGGCCAUGAAAGGUUGCAAACUUCCUCAAAGGCCUAAGAAGAGGGCCAAGUUGAUACAAAGAACUGUACUUUUAGUGCAACCAGGGACAUGGUUGCAGGACUUGUGCCAAGAAAGGUAUGAAGUCAGGGNGCGCGCUCUCUCUACUCUUCUUCACUGA